GCUAUUAUUUUUCUCCUGGGAAUCGCUUAUCUCUGUCACUGUCAUUUUUCUUCAGAGCUUGUGUGACAGCAUAGCUGGAGUUGAGGAUAACUUACCAGUUUUUAAUUCCUGUGCCUGGCUGAUAAGUGGCUAGCGAUCUGGUAGGAUCCUGAACUGAGCCUUCCUAGAAGGCUGAUUUCUUUUUCCAGGCAAUUGGAGCAGACUUUUCUUCCUAGAUAGCCAGUUCUCAGUGCACAUGUUCCUUCAGGAAAAUGAGAUUUUUUUUUUCCCUUCCAAGGGACAGGAGACAACAUUAGGCUCUUAUUACACAACUCAGUGCAUAACAAAGACCAAAUUAAUCACACCUAGAUAAAGAGUUAUCUUCUGUUGUCUCUGUUAUGUAAAAAUCUUGAUGCUUCUAGCAAGUAAAUGCCAAGGUGAAGGCAGAGUUGUUUAUUUUAUAAAUGACUGGCACUGAAAGUGAUGCUGUUGAAGGGCGGAGAGUUUGCUUUGAACAAUGUAGCCAAUGGAUGUGCCUCAGAUCUUGGAGCACUCAGUGGUUUAAACUUUAUUGAUUUGAUGGUGCGACAGGGGAAUAUUGACAACCCUCCUAAGACACCGCUUGUUCCUGGCUUUGAAUGCUCUGGGAUCAUAGAAGCUCUUGGAGACAGUGUGAAAGGAUUUGAGAUUGGAGACAGAGUCAUGGCUUUUGUAAACUACAAUGCAUGGGCUGAAGUUGUAUGUACCCCAGUAGAAUUUGUCUACAAGAUCCCAGAUGACAUGAGUUUUUCUGAAGCUGCUGCAUUUCCUAUGAACUUUGUAACUGCCUACAUGAUGCUCUUUGAAGUUGCUAACCUAAGAGAAGGCAUGUCUGUGCUGGUUCACUCUGCAGGAGGUGGAGUGGGUCAAGCUGUUGCUCAGCUCUGUUCAACUAUUCCGAAUAUUACUGUUUUUGGAACAGCUUCUUCCUUCAAACAUGAAGCAAUCAAAGGCUCAGUAACUCAUCUGUUUGACAGAAAUGCAGACUAUGUUCAAGAAGUAAAAAGAAUCUCAACAGAAGGAGUAGAUAUUGUUUUGGAUUGUCUGUGUGGAGAAAAUACUGGGAAAGGCCUCAGUCUUCUCAAACCACUUGGGACUUACAUUUUAUAUGGUUCAUCUAACAUGGUUACUGGGGAAACAAAAAGCUUCUUCAGUUUUGCGAAAUCUUGGUGGCAGGUUGAGAAGGUAAAUCCUAUCAAGCUGUAUGAAGAGAACAAAGUCAUUGCUGGAUUUUCUCUGUUGAAUCUACUUUUCAAACAGAAUCGAGGUGGCCUGAUCAAGAAUAUAAUGGACAAACUCAUAAGUCUAUACAACAAUAAGAAGAUCAAGCCUGUGGUUGAUUCAUUAUGGGCCUUGGAAGAGGUGAAGGAGGCCAUGCAGAGAAUCCAUGACCGAGGAAAUAUAGGAAAACUAAUUCUGGAUGUGGAGAAAGCGCCCACUCCCCUGAUGGCCAAUGACAGCACAGAGACAAGUGAGGCUGGGGAAGAGGAAGAAGACCAUGAAGGGGACAAUGAGAAUAAAGAGCGCAUGCCGUUCAUCCAGUAAUAGCCAGAGGUGGGGGAAGAAAAGCUGAAGGAUUGAUCAAGCAGAAGGGAACAAGACUGCGAAAUCUAUUCUGUGCACCAGUGAACAAAUGCUGUAGUACAGUGUGUGUUGUAUUCGUCUGCAGUCAGCUGAGCUAUGAGCUGUUAUCAUUGUUGUUUUGAACUCAAGUGCCAUUCUCAUCCAGUGCAGUAUUAUGACAUUCCAGUGUGAUACCCAAUUUCCCUGUAGGAGUCCCAUGGAUUUUUCUGUUCCAAUUUAAAAGCCUUAUUAACUUACCGUGUAAUUUUAGAUGGGCAUCUUUCUCAUGCAAAUUCCAACAUUUUGCAUAAAGUCCUUUGGGGGGAUGGGGGAUGUUUUUUUCGUUUGCAGGUUGACAACGAUGACAACAGAAAGAAUUCCCCCACUCGUCCUCUGGCAGAUUCUAGUAACUGCAGGGAGGAUUUUAAGUUUGGAUUUUCAGUGUUAAAUUAGUUUUCCUUUUACGAACCACAGAUAAAAGUUGCAGAGAAGAUGAGUUUAUUUUCCUCAAUCAUGCUUCCUCAUCUUAUAAACAGUUCUAUCUUCAUUUUCAAAAAUACCUCAUUUGUAGCUGUAGAGUCUGAAAUUGUGCAAGAAGUCGUUAACUGAGGGAUUUUGAUUAGUACUGUAUAAUCACACUAGUCAUCAGCACUCCUGAUUAAACACAUUCAUUCAAAGUGCUAACUGUCAUGCUUCCCUGUGAUCUUCUGAGCUACCACCCUCUAUGCUACAGGCAAAGAAAAGUCAGUGAAUCACUUUUUUAAACCCAGAACUUUAAUUGCCUGUAACAAUUAGCAUUGUUAUUGACAAUCCAACAGCAUCUUCUGCUAAGGACACAUUUGAGUCAUCUGUGUCUGUAAUCCAAAACAACUGUAAAUUCAGUGAUUUUUAAAUCCUAUCAGCAAGAAUCACUCUUCAGGAUGUGGAAAGAAAUUAUUUUGCAGGCUGAGUUUACAGCUCUGAAAUCACUAAUAGGUGGAUCAACUAUCAAGCUAGAGCUGAACUCCUACAGCAGUUAACCCUUUUAAAAAUUACUUUUAGGCCUUAAUCCCAUCAGAAAUUAUGCAUGGGGAUAACUUUACCUAGAUGACUAGUUCUACAAAAAGCUCUGCUCCCAUAUGUACAGUAACGUAUGUGAUUAUUUGCAGGAUCAGGCAUUCAAAGACCAGCUAGACUAUCUACCUCCCACUAAUGAAAACCAUAUCUAAACACGAAAUGAAAAAAAAAAUGUUUCCUUACCUUUCACCUACCCAAGUAGCAGCUACUCAGGUCCUUAAUGUUCUUGUUAAAAUAAUUAUUUUAAAAUGAGUGCAACCUACAGUAGAAGCAUUAAAGGAACAUCAGAGACCUUGUAUAAUGCCAUAUAUCUUUGAAUUAAUAUAUUUUUUACAAAAGAAAGUAUUUCUCCAAGCAUGCCCAGUUGUUCACCUAAAUAUAUGCGUAUCAUGUAGCGACAGAAGUUGAAAAAUAAUAUAGAAAAGUGAGGAGGGAGAGUUUCUCAGGCUUUUCUCAAUGUGAAAGGAAUGGUGGAUCCAGAUGACUUUUAUGUGUGGUUUUAGAGGACUCUCUCUUGCUUUUCCGUUUGUUUAAUCUUUGUUGCCUGAGUAUUAAUGUCCAUCUCUUUACACUGUGCUCAUGAAGUUGCUGUCCUAAUACUAGUUAAGCAUGUAGAAGGUUCAUUCUGAAUGAAUUUCCCCUGUGUUAAACAGUUCAAAAACAAUGAAAAGUAGUAACUGUUGAGAAAAAUGCCAAACAAGCUUUUGUUGAAAGAACUUCAGUUUCUUCUAGUUAUUGAUGCAGAACUUCAUUACAGCUGAUUUUCUUCUCAUGUUGGACUAUCUAUACUUCCAGUGCCAUAUCAGGCCCAAACAGGGACUCUGACCACAGAAAAAAAAUGUAUUCAGUGAGAGUUUUCCAUGCAUUGGGAUUGCCAAUUAGGCCUUUAAAGGAAAGGCCGUUACAUUUUCACCACCCAUAAGCUGACAACAGUAGGAAAUGUGCCCAAUUUUGUUUUGCAGUUCGCGUAACAAUGUUGUCCUGCAACAAACCUUAACAUAACUAGGAAUUUUGAUUUGACGCCACAGUGAGCAAUAUUGCUGGUAACCUUCGAGCUGGCAGUAAAGCGGCAUUCUCAAGGCCUUAAAUUAGUAGGGCUAGCAGAACAACGCAUCAGUUCUUCUGCUAAAAACCACAGUAUAGGUUGGCCCUAAAUUUUACUUCCAGAUAGAUGGGUGAUCUUGGUCAUGGCCACAGGCACCACAGGGACAACAAUUCAAUGAAAUCAUUUUGGCUAGUUCUUUUUGGUUUUGUUAGCGAGGCAAAAAUACUCUUCAUGCUAUUUCAUCACAAUUUUAGGGCCAUUUUCUAAUCGGCAGAACAUCAGUGCAUAGACUUGAGGUAAUUGCAGUGAGUACAAAGGAGUACUUCUGGAUCUACCUAAUUACAGUGCAGAUUAGAAUUGCAAUCAUUAAGCUGAAUUAUACUCAGUUUUACUGGUAUUAACAUGGCAUAUAUGAAGGUUACGCCUGAUAGCAGAGUUUGGCCCACAAACCCUAAAUACUUUUCAGAAUACCACGAACAGUUAGCAUCCCUUCUGUUUGGAGGGCAUGUUAUACAAAAUGAUGAUGGUGAGAUUAUUUCUGAACAGGUCUUAUUGCAGUAGAAAUGAAGGUUUGCUUUUACCACUUACUAACACUGUUGUUUAACCAACUCUUAGACAAUUGGUUAGUUUCUUCAAGUGAAACAAAUUAUUUCUCAAUUUGCCUUAAAGGAACUGUGAAAGUAUUUCUUUAACUUAAGCCUGAUUAAGUGAACUGAAACACUGUUUAAUUGUAUUUGUUGCUUUAGAGCUUUUGUUAUAUUGUGCCUACAAAGCAAAUUAUGUUUACAUAAAAAUAUAAAUAAAAUAUUGAGCAUAGCAUUA